AUGGAUAUCGGCUCAUGCACAAACGGACAUGAGGUAAAGCUGACUUUCAAAACAUACCGCGAUAUCACCAUCAUCAUGCGUUUUACUGAUAUCUCCCUCAUCAUCGCACUGUCCGCUGCCGCAAUUGCUGCCCCUAACCCCGAUACAGAGAAGACUCUGUACAAAGUCGGCCAAAGCCCGCGCUACAUUCUCGCCCGCGGCUCAGGAGAGAAAGUCCUCCAUAAGGGCGGUGCUCCUCAGCUUUUCGCUCGUCAGUCCUCCGGCAACUCUGGCUCCGCCGGAAACUCCGACUACUGCAGCGGUUAUGGCGUAACUUGCGCCAGCUGCUUCGGAAGCAACUGGACUGAGUGCCCUGACGGCGUCACUUGCUACGAUAAGACCGACCCAACCAGCACAUGCUCGUCUUCGGGUGGCUCUAGUGGUGGCAGCUCUGGAAGUGGUAGCUCCGGAAGUGGUAGCUCCGGAAGUGGCAGCGGUAGUUCUGGCGGCUCUUCAGGCGGCUCUGCUGGAGGAUCAGACUACUGCUACGGUAAAGGUGUUACUUGCCAGAGCUGCUUCGGACCUGGAUAUCAAGAAUGCUCGGACGGUGUCACUUGCUACAAUCCUUCUGACCCAACAACCUCUUGCCCUGAUGGCACCUCUGGUGGUUCUGGUUCUGGUUCUGGUUCCGGAUCUGGCUCUGGCUCUGGCUCUGGCUCUGGCUCUGGCUCUGGCCUCACUGGUAUCACUUCGACCUCACCUAAACCCACCUCUACCGGCCUAGGCUCAAUUGGUUCACUCCCUACCGAAGGCUCUUCAUCCUCAUCUACCCAAACUUCCAGCAGCAGCAGCUCCUCCGCCAGCAGCUCAUCCACAACAUCAACCUCCGCCACAUCAGCCCCUACUACUCCUCCCGACUCUGGUAAUAAACUCGGCGGUGGCAAUGCUGCUCCUGGCAUCUCCAUUCCUUUGGGCCUGUCUGCCGGUGCUGGUGUUGCAGUCCUCUUUGCUGCUGCACUGAUGUAA